AUGUCAAAUGUUGAUUUUGAACCCCAAAUCCAACACCACCCACGCAUCUUCUUCCCCAACCUCCUCUCCCCUCACGAAUGCACAGAGUUGGAAUUCAUUCACAAGUGUAGCAGUACCGUUGGUUACAGACCAAAUGUCUUCUCCACCACUCUUUCACAUCUCAUUGCCACCAACUCUUCGCAAUUCAUCAUUCCUUUUAUUCCAAUCCGAGAAAGAUUGAAAGAUAAAUUAGAAGAGUUUUUCAAAUGUGAGUUUGAGCUUUUUAUUGAAUUCACCGGUUUAAUCAGUUGGAGUAGAGGAGCGAGCAUUGGAUGGCAUAGUGAUGAUAAUAGGCCUUACCUUAAACAACGGCACUUUUCGGUAGUUUGUUAUUUGAAUACAUAUGGAAAGGAUUUCAAUGGUGGACUAUUUCAUUUUCAAGAUGGUGAACCGGCAACAAUUAUUCCCACUGCUGGAGAUGUUGUGAUGUACACGGCUGACGACCGGAAUAUUCAUUCUGUUGAUGAGAUAACUGAUGGGGAAAGACUCACACUUGCUUUAUGGUUCAGCCGUGAUGGUUCCUCUGAUGAAGAUACGAAGCUUGUUUCGCUUCUUUCACAACACCUAUUAUAUCAGAACAUGGCUAGUCCAUUACUACCUUUGCCUGCAUCAAGUAAUAUGUACUGGUUUUCUCAGGACCAAGCUUCGAAUGAUAAGUUUGGUUUUAAUAUUUGUUGGGCCCGACUGCACGUUCUCGGAUAUGACAUAUAUUUUUCCCAAGACACCAGCUGUGACUCUGAUGUAUCUGAAUUGAUGGUAAAGCCAGUGCACUUGGUGAGAGGAGCUGAGUUGCUAGACCACAAAUUUGCCAAUAUUUUGCACGCGCUUCAGGUUGUCCAAUUUUUCUGUUGGAAAGAAUCUGACUUACAGACCAACAUGUCAAAUAUAGAUUGCAAGGUCGUAAAACUGUCAGAUGCGCAAAGAGAGAAAAUCAAUGGUCUUAUAAAUGAUGUUGAUCUGGCAUCCAGAAUUUUCUUUAGAAGGCCUUCCCAUUCAAAAGAAAAUGGAUCUGUUUUCUCUAAUUGGACCGGAAUCAUGGCUGCUAUUGCUGCUUGGGAAGAUUAUGUAUUGAAGUUAAACAAGCAAAUUCAUUUGCAGCUGCCUUACUGGAGAAUGCAAGAAUCUUUAUAUAAUGUACAAUUGGACGCGUAG